AAUAUAUAAAUCUAAAAACUAAUUAAAAGAUUCAUUUAUUGAAGAUAGAACCGAAUAAAACGUAUUCUAAAAGUUUUUUUAAUAAUGAAUAUGUUUAUUUAUAUAUUAAGUAGAUUGUUAAAAAAGGUUCAUUAAAAAUGUCAAGGAUACGUCACAAUAUUUUUAUAUAUCUUAAAUUUUACGUAAAUUAUGUGAUAAAUCAAAAAAUUUUAAGCCAAAUGAUUAAAUUUUCUGGUCGCAAUGCUAACUAAGCUCUGUAAUCUUGCCGUUUACAGCGCUACUUUCCUCAGUCUUUUUGCCAUCGAUUACGUUUUGGGAAAUGGUUUAACAGAUAUAAUACAGAGGUUCGGUUGUAAAAUGUUCUGUUUAGUUAAAAGUUCUAUAAACGAAGAGUCGAAAAAGGUUAAGGAGUUUGACGGAGACCAUAACUCUAGCAAUUUUCCGGUUCUGUGUGCUGAAAUCAUGUGUCUAGGUGCGACAAUAGUGUUCUUAAACAAAUACAAGCAAAUACGCGGCAAGGACAGAAUUGAUGAGCUUCUGCAGGAGAGUAGGGAGGCGUUGCGACAAACCAACGAGUUUCUUGAGAAAUGGAGGCUGAGACGGGUACCUAAGGACUGCUCCUAUUUGGAUGAAGAGCCUCAGGAGAUAACACCCUUGAAGCUUGAGGUGCCAAUACUUCACAUGGCUAUAGUUGAUACGCUUGGAACAACGCGGAAUCAACCAGAAAGAGGUGAUGCUGGAGACACCGUCAACAUCACAGACUCCACCUUGUUGUCGAUGACAUCUAUACUCAAUGAUGACCUUGAAAUGAUAACUGAUCAUCCACUUGAAGACAACAGCGAUACACACAGCUUCGUGUACGGAAAUCGACGCUUGUGGGACUUUUUGGAAGAAGAUUUGGCUUCUGAAAAUUGAAUGUCCUUUUUGUUUUAUUUAUUAAAAUAAUUUAUUUUCUAACAUA